CCCCUAAUCAUCACAUAAUCAUUGUUCUUCACUAAAUUCAUCAUCACACAUACACAUAUACAUAUACUAUUCAUCUCAUAAAGUGGAUUCUAUGGAUAAUAGAUCGCCAAGAUCAAGAGGAAACAUGGGUCCGAAACCAACACCACUGAAAGUCCGUGGAGAUUCGCACAAGAUUAUCAAGAAGCCACCACUAGCGCCGCCACACCCGCAACCACAACCACCACAAACCCAUCAGCAAGAACCGUCGCAAUCUCGGCCCCCACCUGGUCCCGUGAACAUAUACACAGUAACUCCCAGAAUUAUCCAUACACACCCUAAUAACUUCAUGACAUUGGUCCAACGUCUCACAGGUCAAACCUCUACCUCCACAACAUCAUCCUCCUCCUCUUCAUCCACGUCGGAACCAAAAGACACGUCAACAAUGGUUGAUACAUCUCAUGGGUUGAUAUCUCCGGCGGCUCGGUUUGCUGUUACAGAGAAGGCUAAUAUCUCAAACGAACUAGGGACAUUUGUUGGAGGCGAAGGGACUAUGGAUCAAUAUUAUCAUCAUCAUCAUCAAGAACAACCACAUCAAAAUCGAGGGUUCGAGCGGCCAAGUUUUCACCAUGCUGGGAUUUUAUCGCCGGGACCUUAUUCUCUGCCGUCGGUAUCACCGGACUUCUUUUCCACUAUUGGACCAACCGAUCCACAAGGUUUUUCGUCGUUCUUUAAUGACUUUAACUCUAUCCUUCAGAGUAGUCCAUCGAAGAUUCAGUCUCCUUCUUCUAUGGACCUUUUCAACAAUUUCUUUGAUUCUUGAUUCAGUUAUUAUAUCUAGGUGAACCAAUUUACGAGUGUUAGGAAAAAAGAGAGGAUAUGUUUUACGUUUUUUCAUCAUUUUUUUGGAGACACUCCGAUGCAGUUAGAGGGUUUCUACUUAUGCAUUUCGUGAUGAUUGCGUCAUUUGUUUACAUCAAUUUGGCAAUUUGAUGAUAUGUGUAUUCUUGUUUGGUGGGCUUCCCACAUAUACUUUAAAGUUUAUGUUCAAUGAAUCUUGUCCCUCCUUAACUGCUAUGUGCUCAUCACAUGAAUCUAAAGUUGUGUGUGUGAGUUUGAAUUGUCUUAUUUGUCCCUCCUUCAUUUCGUCUCUUACUAAAUAUGAUGCUACGUUAAAGAGGUUUGAGUGUUUGACCAUCAAUGCUGGAACAGAUUAUCACUGAUUUAUAGUUGCAGAUUAUGUAUCUUGUGUACUUCUUUUUCGUGUGUCAUGAGGUCCACUGGUUUAUAUAUUGCCAUACCUAUCAAUGUGUGAUUUUGAAUUGUCUUAUUUUUCUCUUUGUAGAAGGUACACCAUAUUUGAUUCCUUCAGGUGAUAUGCACAGUUAUUUAUCACAGGAUGAGGAUCGAGGUAUCCCCCAUUCAGUAAAGGAUACUAGAAGUAUUGGAUCAGCUUAUGACCGCUACCUGCAGAGUAUGCAAACGUUUUUUGUGCCAUCUGAAGAAGCUGGUCCAUUUAAUGGUGUUGGCAUGGUACGACAAGGAGGUUCCAACAUGAUGCCUGGUCCGUCCAUGGGUGAGCUCAUGGCUGGGUGUGGUGGGAGUUUGCCUUCAGAUUUCAGGCCAAAUGGUCGGGAUAUGGGUUUUGGUCAGCUGGAUUCAGUUGGUAGGCCAGGCCGGGAACCACAUCCUCUACCUCCAGAUGUAUCCAACACUCUGUAUGUUGAAGGACUUCCUUCUAAUUGCUCAAGAAGGGAAGUAUCCCAUAUAUUUCGGCCUUUUGUGGGAUAUAGAGAAGUAAGACUUGUGACCCAAGAUUCAAAACACAGGAGUGGAGAUCCUACUGUUCUGUGUUUUGUUGAUUUUGAAAACUCUGCCUGUGCAGCAACUGCUCUGAGCGCUUUGCAAGACUAUCGAAUGGAUGAAGACGAACCCGAUUCCAAGAUUUUGCGGCUCCAAUUUUUCAGAAACCCAGGUCCAAGACCAGGACAGCGUGGAGGAAGAAGGUGAUCAGUAGGUGACAUUUGAGGCCCAUCGACCAAAUGGUGACUUAUUGUUUCGUGCUUCCAUGUUCCCUCCUGCAACUAGAUUCUACAUGAACCCAAAUACACUUGAUCAUAUGCUCAAAUCCUUAGGAGUAGUUUCACUCAAAGAAACAGAGAUGUAUGGAGAGACACCACGGAGAUGAAGUGAUUCGAACCUAAAGUCUUUCUCUUUCACUUAAUUUUUCUUUCCAUCUCGUGGAUAGAUUUAGUGCAUCAUCUUAUUACUGUUAUCUAUCAAAGACAGAAAUUUUUGUCACAAUCUUUUAUUUUCUAUGUGGGAAUUAUACGGAAAUGGGACUUCAAUAGUGUACUCAGGGAUCAGUACGUAGUUGUAUUUGUUCAUUUAUAUUUUUGGGACAGAAUCCAAAACAGUGGCUCAUAUAAUCCCUAGUGUGAGGAUUUGCCUAUCGUAAGUGUAUAUUGUUAGCAAUUAAAAACCAUGAGUGCUUUUACUUUCAAAGAAAAGUUACAA